CGGGUGGAUCCUACCGCCAGGCCUUUCCAAGGUUCCAGUUUGCUCUCCCGCGCGAGCAGACUAAGUAAGUACACUAGUCUACCAGGACUACUCAGGCUGUCAGGCUACUCCGUACCCCGUGCAAGCCUCCUCCCCCUCCUCCCCCCCUCAGAUCCCUCACAAUAGCAUACCUAGCAUCGACAUUACCACCGAGAUUCGACCCGACCAUCCGGAUCUCGACUGGGGCCCUCUUUUGAGGCUCAUUCCAGCCCGCCGUCAAUCUUCCAUGCCGUCCCAUGAAUAGCAUCAUCUGGCCCCUCUGCAUUAACUCAAUUUCUGGACCCGCCAGCGACCCCAGCCUGCUGCGUGUUUCCUGGGCUGCGCUGCGCUGUGCUGCACGACCAAGCCCCAAAACCCGCAAACCCGUAACCGCAACAAGCCUGCUUCCCCACGCCGUUUCGUCAGCAGCAAAGCACCUCUCGCUCCGGGCUACUCCUCCCCCUCCCUGCCCCCCUCCCCCCCAAUCGGCCAACUGCACUGCACCGCACCGCACUGUGACUGUGAAGCCACCCAGCAACCUGGUCGCAGCGUCGUCCGAGGCCCAUCCUGAGCCAGACACACGCCUACCCUGCUGAUCCGAAUCGAUUCGAAUACUUCUCGAUUCUCCACACAACUCGCGACUGACUCCUGGCACCACCGCAAAAAGAUUUCGCCUUGCGCCGCCGUCUUCCCUUGUGGCAAGCCCGGCCAGGCAGAGGCAAGGCAAGCCGCGAGUCCACCAGGGCUUCCUCGCCCUCGCAGGAUUGCUCUCCCCCCCUUCCAAUUGACCCAAUUGCUCCUUGGGCGCCCUGCCACCGUGCCCGCCCACCGUCCACCACCCACCGUCCACCGUCCACCGUAUACCGUAUACCGCCCACCAUCCACCGUCUACUACUACCGUCCACCGCCCCUCGUCCUCCAGGUGGCCCUCAACGACACCGCUCCACAGCCGAGCGACCGACACUGGCUUUGGCCCUGGGACACUCGUACUGGGCACGGGCAAGGCGGUGCUCACUGCCCGGCCCGCGGCAUCAUUUUGCGACAUCGCACGCGGCGUACCCACGGCCUGACUCCAGCCGAACAUGACCACAGCCAUGUCCGCGACCUCCUCACCAGCAACAUCGCCCCCUCCAGCCGUCUCCUCUCCGACGUCCAACCCCAACCACCCGCCUCUGCCCCCAAUCAUAACCUCCUCGCCCCAGGCGAAACGAUCCACCCUGCCCCGGCCGGUCUCCAUGUCACAGGCAUCCAAGGACAGGCUCUCGCAGUAUUCCGUCGGCUCCGUGCCUUCUCGGUCGCGCCCGCCCUCUCAUAUAUUCCCCAUGUUCCCGUCCAGCCUCCCGUACGCCCUCGUGCGGGACUUUGCCUACCCGACCGCCCAUCCCAUGCACUAUGGCCCCCCGCCGGAGCCCUCGCAGCCGCCCUCGGGCAUGUCCACCCCGGCGAGCGAGUCCCGCCGCCUGUCCGACUCGGCAUGGGAGGGCAAGACGAGCUGGGACACCGGCGCAUGGGAGAGCCUCAGCAAGGUCAACGACCUCGCGCCAAUCUACCUCGGGGACGGGCCUCCCUGGAGCGAAGACGAGGACCUUCAGAGCCCCGUGGUGAGCUCGAGGCACCGGAAACACAAGUCCUCGGGCGCCGCCUUCAUGCAGAGCCGCCGGCGCAGCAGCCGCGACCAGGGCAGCUCCAACGUCAUGCAUGCGGCCGAUUACGAUGCCGAGAGGGGCUACUACAUAGGCACGGGCGGCGACGGCAGUGAGCGGUAUUAUGUGAACCAGGGGGGAGAGGCGAACGGGCCUGGCGGCGAAUAUGUCACCUACCCGCCCACCCAGGCGCGGCACUCGGGGCACCCCUACACGUUGGCUGAGCUGCAGCCACGGCAGUACGCUGAACCCAAUGGCGGAUACCAUGAUGACUCUGACGAUUCUAGCACGGGACAAUCCCCCGGGUACGACCAGGAGGACCAAUCCAGGUACUCCAGGGACUACCAAUUCACAAUCACCUCGCCCGAUGAGGAGAUGCACGGCAAGGCGGUCGCCCUUUUCGACUUUGAGCGGGAGAACGAGAAUGAGCUCCCCCUGGUGGAGGGCCAGAUAAUAUGGGUUUCGUACAGGCACGGGCAGGGGUGGCUCGUGGCCGAAGACCCCAAGACGGAAGAGAGCGGCCUGGUCCCUGAGGAGUACGUGCGGCUGCUCAGGGACAUUGAGGGCGGCAUGACGAGCCUGACCGGGCAGGCUGAGCCACUCUCCGGGAGUCCUGGCGACGUGGGCACGCCGACACAAGCCGAGCACACGAACCUUGGCCACAAUCCUCCGACUGCAAGUACCUCCUCCAACGCCAAUGGAUAUCAUCAGCCAGUCGUCUCAACUUUCUCUACUUCUAGCAAGGACCUUGAGCCGUAUCCACACCACAUGCUAGGCAACCAAGCCGGCCACGUACCCCCACAAGUCGUGCACUACCACGGCCAAAGAGGCGGCAGUCAAGCCAACACGCCGACCCUCUCGACGCACCACGACACCGGCUUCCUGAGGCGCGGCAGUCAGGGAGGCGAGGAGAUUCCACCGAAGAAAUACGAAGGCCAGACCAGGUCCGACGCGAAGCGGCAGUCUGCGACAGAGGAGAGGAAGGCGGAGGCGAAGUCAUGAGGACACUCAAGAGGGGAGGGGGGCAAGGGCACCCUGGACGGGAGGAAUUUGAUAAUUGAACCCACGCCGGUGAAUUGGAAAGGGCCCUUGUAUAUUUGGCCAUGUGUAAUUGUAACGACCUUAUCGGGACGGAGCGUUGCUUGUACGGCAAAAACCAACUGUUGUGGACGGGUCAGCUCGUCGAUGUUUGGGCAUGAAUGGUCAAGAAGGGGGGGGGCCGAAGGGGGGACAGGGGGUGAGCCGGGCAGGACCAGGCAGGGUGAAAAUCAAUGUCUGUCUCCUUGCGCCCGGGUUGCGACGUUCAGGAGGUACACCGAACCAGCAAGAGACAAAGGAUACGUGCGAGUAGGCGGGUGGUUGGGCGGAAGUCUCCGGUCCAGAGCAAAGAUUGGAUCUUGCAUUUCAGGAGUACAUCACGGGUGAUCUAGGACUGCAGAGAGGCAUAUCAUCUCUUGCGAUGGGGUCUCGAGACCGUGAUGAAAGGACUUCACAUAGCCGACCGCUUUGUAUAAUGUUUCGAAAUGCCAGAUAAAUAUAUUGCUGGAGCUGUAGGCAGUCAGGGCCGCACAGCUAAUUACCUGGGCGGCUAUCAGCUUCUUGCCCCCUGCUCUCUUCUAUGUUGGUUGCUGCUUGAUAUCUGCGUCUCCUCGAGACGGUUGUCACGUUGCAGGCUUGGUUCCUGUGCUCCUGCGGUUGUCGCUUUGCAGGUGUGAUUA